GUUAAAUCGGGGUAGAAAAGGUGACUUAUGCUAACAAUGUUUGACAUUAAAAUUAAGGAAAACAUACCCCACUCCACUCACCAUUUGACUAAUUAUUGUACCUAUAUUAAUUUCAGACUACUGGUAUGCUAUGAUAACACCAAACGGCAGGAUAUGUAACACCAUCAUCAGAUAUACAUGUCAGUACUUAGGUGUGAUCUUUUUUCCGAUCAAGUACGUUUUAUGGGAGACCCAUGUUCAGGGCUUGCUAUUCAGAAGUUAUAUACUUACAUCUAUUCCUAUUGGAUGUGUUGAAAUGCACGUUUAUAUAAUAAAUACAACAUAAAUCCCAAAUAAAGCCAAUAAAUUGCCCCUUCCAUUCAUUCUAUUUUUAUAUAAUAUAUUCACGUAGAAAACGCAUGAAAACCGAACCGAAGACCAUACUCUGUCUCCGCCCGCACUACUUUUUCAUGCUUGUGUCUGUUUUCUAUUGGCGCUAAAGUUACGUUGCUAGACUCACAGCAAAACUGACAUGCAUGAUAGCCAAUUGCUAAAACGGGCCAGACCCUCAUGAUGAUGACGAUAUUACGGCAGCUCCUAUCAAACCUUAGAUUCCGGGAGGGGCUGGUUUAGUUGACCGGAAGAGUGAAGUACUGUUUCGACAUUGUCAGCCAACGGAGGUGGGUGUCUUGUUAGCAACAGUGGAAUUAAAUUCAGCUAUCUAUUCAUCAAAUAAUUUUCCAAUUGAACUAUGAUUUUUAAGACCGAACCUGGGCAAAUAUGCAAUGGAGGUCAAUAGUGGUUGGUCUUGUCGUGCUCAGGCUGACUCUCAGUUGUGUGCUAUGGCUGGCGUUUGGACUGGGACCUAACGUUAGCUGGGGGUUUAACUUCCCCCUCAACUUCAAUUUGCACAGAAUAGAACUGUUCAAGGAACAAGAUGGGGCAACAGAAACAGUCAACUCUUGGUCACAACGAAUCCAUGAACACAGAGACGCACAGCGCAAGACGUCGUGCGCCAGUAAAGACGACUCACCUACGAAGACGAAGUCUUAUCUUAGCCUCUUCGAAGGAGAGCGGGACGAGUAUGACAAGAGAUAUAGCUCCUUCCCGGACAAACUAAAGACAAAGAUGAAGGGAAUGGCCAAAGACAUGUUCUACUUUGGAUAUGACAACUAUAUGAAAUAUGCCUUUCCCGAGGAUGAGCUGAAUCCUAUUGACUGUGAAGGGAGAGGGCCUGACGUGAUCAAUCCGUCAAACAUCAACAUCAAUGAUGUCUUGGGAAACUAUUCACUGACCCUCAUCGACACCCUUGACACUCUAUUGGUUCUGGGGAAUGUUUCAGAGUUUCACAGAGCUGUGAAGCUGGUGAUCGACACAGUGUCUUUUGACAAGGACUCCACAGUUCAAGUUUUUGAGGCUAACAUCAGGAUUCUGGGUAGCCUGAUCUCCGCUCACAUCCUCCUGACUGACCCUAAGCACCCCUUCGGCGACGUGGGCCUUGAGGACUAUGACAACGAGCUGCUGCACCUGGCCCAUGACCUGGCGGUGCGCCUGCUACCCGCCUUCGAGAACACCGGCACAGGCAUUCCCUACCCCAGGGUGAAUCUGAAGAGCGGCGUCCCUCCAGACAGCAUCAAUGAGACUUGCACGGCGGGGGCUGGCUCCCUGCUGGUGGAGUUUGGCAUCCUGAGCCGGCUGAUCGGAGACUCCACGUUUGAGUGGGUUGCCAGACGGGCUGUCCGUGCCCUCUGGAACCUCCGGAGCAACGAGACCGGCUUACUUGGUAACGUGGUGAACAUACAGACGGGUCAGUGGGUUGGCAAGCAGAGCGGCCUGGGCGCGGGGAUGGACUCCUUCUACGAGUACCUGCUCAAGUCUUACAUUCUCUUCGGAGAGAAAGAAGAUUACUGGAUGUUCCAGGCGUCUUAUGAAAGCAUCCAGAACCAUCUAAGGAGAGGGAGGGAGUCGUGCAACGAGGGAGAAGGGGACCCGCCGCUGUACGUCAACGUGAACAUGUUCAACGGCCGCAUCAUGAACACCUGGAUCGACUCCCUGCAAGCCUUCUUCCCCGGCCUCCUGGUUUUGAACGGUGACGUGGAGGAGGCCAUUUGCCUGCAUGCCUUCUACUACGCCAUCUGGAAGCGCUUUGGGGCCCUGCCAGAGAGGUACAACUGGCAGUUACAGGCGCCUGACGUGCUCUUCUACCCCCUGAGGCCGGAGCUGGUGGAGUCCACCUAUCUGCUGUACCAGGCAACCAAGAAUCCUUUCUAUUUGCACGUGGGAAUGGAUAUCCUUGAGAGUCUGGAGAAAAAUGCCAAAGUCAGGUGCGGGUACGCCACUCUGCACCACGUAGUAGACAAGUCCAAAGAGGACCGCAUGGAGAGCUUCUUCCUCAGUGAGACCUGCAAAUACCUUUACCUGCUGUUCGAUGAUGAGAAUCCACUGCAUAAGUCAGAGAACAAGUACAUCUUCACCACGGAGGGCCACAUGGUGCCUAUCGAUGAGCGCUUCCGGGAGAAGCAGUGGAGCGACGUGUUCCCCUUGGAGGAGGCCGCGCAGACCGCCCGGGACACCUCCGACAGGCUUUCCUCCAACACUAGUAAUUGUGAAAGGAUCCCAGAGGAGCGGAGGUACUCGCUCCCUCUUAAAAGUGUGUACAUGAGACAGAUUGAUCACAUGGUGGGACUGUUCUGAGCUCUCUGAGCACAGGACGCCCGUGAGACAAGUGCACUUUAUGUGAAGAGGAGUGGAGAAGGACCCAUGGAGCUUCAGCUCACCUCCUGCCCAGCUGCUCUGAUGCUCAGGACACUAGGAUGCCUAUGAAAAAGAAUGAGUAUUAUCCUUUUGUGGUAUUGUUCCAUAACAUGCAUCAGUCAGUGUUCACAGGGGGACAUUUUCUAAAGUGUCCAGCAGGAAGAGGUUUUUUGUAGACCUAAUCUGCAGACAUUCUGUGAGUGUGACUCAUUGGGUGGUAGGUUUGGUGUCAUUAUGUCGUUUGGGGAUUGUGUUUCUAGGUAUUCUAAAUCUACGUCUGGUCUGGGGACUGUUGUUGAUACAAUGUCUGCUCAUAGGCCUCUUAUAAUGUCCCAGGGGUUUUUUCUGAAAGUAAAAAAAGGUUUUCAGAGGCCACAGCUUGGCUCAUCAAUCUUUUAUUUUUUUUAAAUCUUUUUUUAAUAUAUAUAUUUUUAAUCCAUAUUUAGGUACCUGUGUAAUGUGAUAUAUGCAAAUCACCCAGUGGUCCUGCACUACGGCAUAUGAAUGGAUGUGGUUUCAUGUGUCAUUACAGUGAGAUGUAUAAUCACAUGGACCCUUGUGCCUUAGGCUUUUUGGUACCUUACUGAUACAGCUUUGACUAGAUUAUAAUGAAGCCAAGAUGGCUGUGAUAAAGAGACUGGUUCUUCCAUUAGGAGUCCACCCCAUAAGGUGGAAAUGAUUCUUUAGGACAAUAUCAUUAAACUGAUCACCGCACAUGCAGUUCAUACUGUCAUAACAAUGUUUGAACAAAGCCAUAAAUGUCAUAUUUUCAGAAGGAUGUGUAAGAGUCUUGUCGGUAUCGAUUGAACAACCGUUUUUAUAGUAUUCAUGUGAAAUGAAGGGCUGUAUGGCUGCCUGUAGUCACAGGCCAAUUCAGAUUUUUCAACCAAUUGUAUCAUGUCUGGAAAAAGAUUUUGUGGAAAACGAUCAAGGCAAAAUACGAAUAUCCAGUUAAAAACGAAAUAUAAGACCGGAAUAGGGCUACUUGUGAAAAGGCAGUUUACGUUGUCAGACAUUUAUUGCAGAUAUGUUUUGUACACAGGUUGGGCUGUUUUGUUUUAGUUCUCAUUUGUUUUAGUCACCAAGUAUAUCCAAAGUAUCAGUAGACAAUCAACCUGAACAAAUUGACAUAUCUCCAUGUGGGUCCUUCACAUAAUGGUGCCAACAAUAUUUUAAAUAACAGUAGGCCUGGACUGGGACAAGAAAUGAACCCAGGCAUUUCUAACCGCAAGGCCCAUUUUCUUCCUUUGACUUAUUUGCACUUGUUUUCCUCAGGGCCAGUCACUUUUCUUGAGGUGCCUAUUACCCAGGUCAUUUAUAAUGUUGUGCAAAAAUUUGACGUGCCGACUGAGCCCAGUCUGCCUCUGAGAAGCAGUAUGACGGGAAACUCAGGGAUUUUCUUUGGGAUUAAGUUUUAAUCUGGUGUUAAAAAUGACUGUCUUCUUGACAUCCAGCUGUGCUUCCGUUGCCUGUGGAACAUCCUUGUUAUGUUUUAACAUAACUGUAAUCCGGUCUUAAUAAAUUUGAAAGUUACCUAAGUGGACUUUUCAACUCAACAGUACUUUAUGGUUUUAAUGUCUUUCUCUUCAUUUCUGAAAAAACUCUUAAUGUGAAAUAAAGUAUAAACAAUAACAA